AUGUGCGCUUGCUUUGCAACAGAGGAGGUGGAGGACGAGGAGGUUGCAGAGGAGAAGGAGGAGGAGGAGGACAAACCAGCCUUCAUGACUGUUCUAGUGUCUCCCAAAAUGCUAGAUGGAGAGAAAGUGGACCUUGAUGAUCUCCACCGCAAGCAUAUGGAGAAGGACCUGACUGAGCUGCAGACGCUUAUUGAGGCCCAUUUUGAGAGCCGCCAAAAAGAUGAAGAGGAGCUCAUCGACCUCACUGAUGGUAUUGAUAAGCGCAGGUCUGAGAGAGCAGAGCAGGUGAGGAUCCGAACAGAGAAAGAAAAGGAGCGUCAAAACAGAACAAACGACGAAAGGGCACGGAAGGAGGAAGAGGAAUUUAAGAAGAAACCCGAGGAUGACGCCAAUAAAAAGAAGGUCCUCACCAAUUUGCAGUCCAGCGGGAAUAAGACAGAAAAGAAUGGCAGGCCAAAAAUGAAAACAGAGCGAGAGAAGAAGAGAGCGAUCUUAAGUGAACGGCGAAAGGAGCUGAAUAUUGACCAUCUCAAACAGGACAAACUAAUAGAGAAGGCUGCUGACCUGUGGAAGUGGAUAUAUCAGCUUGAGGCAGAGAAAUUUGAUCUGCAGUACCAACACUCACGGCAGAAAUAUGAUAGGCUCACCUUGAGCCUCAUCAAGUUUCUGCCCCCUCCUGUCUUUCCAUCCCCUCCACUCUCCGCCCGUUCCCAGUUGUUUGAAAUGAAUCUGCUGACAGCUGCAGGCUGA